UCAGCAGGGCCUGGCAGGGCGAGAGACGACGCCAACGAGGAGGAGGAGAAGGAGGAGCAGGAGGAAGCGAGCAGGGAGGGGAGCGAGGCGAGGGUGAAGAAGCCGAAUCAAAACAAGCGAGACACGCCUUUCUCCUGCCUUGCACUUCUUCCCGUGGCCAGGCGGCUGUGGGGUGUGUGUGUUUGUGUGCAUGCGACGGGCCCGUUGUGCGUGAGAGGGGGAGGGCGAGCUGGCUCCUCCGCUUGACAAUGGAGCUGCAAUAAGCCGCGCUUGGUGGCGGGGGGAACAGCAGCGGCGGCAGCAAGCAAGAGAGGCGGCAGCAGCACCAGGCGCCUUCGCCACCGUCGCCUCCUCCGCCUCUCUUCUCCUCAAGCUUCCCGCGGCUGCCGCCGCCGCGACCCGCCUCUCCUCCUCCUCCUCCCUUGGCGAUGCCGAACCAGAAGAGUAACAAGGGCAAGAAGAACAAGCGCGCUAACAGCAGCGGGGACGAGCAGGAAAAUGGAUCCCUGGCCACGGCGGGGGCGGUGGGCGCAGGCGGAGCGCUGGCCGCGACGGCUGCUGCGGGAGCUAACGGGCCGGCGGCGGCCGCAGGAGGAGGCGCGGGAGGCUCCGGGGGAGCGGCGGCCGCGGCGGGGGGCUCCGCUCCGGGAGACUCCAAGAACGAAGCACCUUGCGCUACACCAUUGAUAUGUAGCUUUGGACGGCCCGUUGACCUAGAAAAAGACGACUACCAGAAAGUUGUAUGCAACAAUGAACAUUGUCCCUACAGCACUUGGAUGCACCUUCAAUGUUUUUAUGAAUGGGAGAGCAGUAUUUUGGCUCAGUUUAACUGCAUUGGGAGAGCAAGAAGCUGGAAUGAGAAGCAGUGCCGGCAAAACAUGUGGACCAAGAAGGGAUAUGAUCUCGCCUUCCGUUUUUGUUCUUGCCGAUGUGGUCAAGGCCACUUAAAGAAAGACACGGAUUGGUAUCAAGUAAAACGAAUGCAAGAUGAAAAAAAGAAGAAGUCAGUGUCUGAAAAGAGCAGUGGAAGAUCAACAUCAGAGUCCUCUGAAGAGGUUAAGAAGUGCAGGCCAGCUAACAAACCACAGAAAGGUUUAAACCAUGAUAUCCAGCGACGGCAUUCCAUGGACAGGCAGAACUCUCAAGAGAAAGGCACAACUAGCAGUAGCUAUGUAGUCCGUUCACCCUGUGGGUCCCCUGGACAGUCACCUCCGGCAGGCUACUCUGUUCUUGCCCCCACACACUUCAGUGGGCCCCGCUCAUCACGAUACUUAGGAGAAUUUUUGAAGAAUGCCAUUCAUCUAGAACCUCACAGGAAGAACAUAGCUAAUAGUGGCAUGUUCAGGAAUACUCACUUUGAUUAUGGGACAUCUGGGUUACAAGCACAUAGGUCAGGACAUUUUGAUGCUCCUGUACAAUUUUUGAGGAGGGGGGAUAUAUCUGAUCUCCUUGCGCACAUCCCCCGGCAUAAAUUGAACACUUUCCAUGUUCGGAUGGAAGAUGAUGCCCAAGUAGGUCAAGGAGAAGACCUGCGGAAAUUCAUUCUUGCAGCGCUCAGUGCCAGUCACCGAAAUGUUGUCAACUGUGCAUUAUGCCACAGAGCACUGCCAGUAUUUGAACAGUUUCCAUUGGUGGAUGGAACCCUGUUUCUUAGCCCAUCAAGACAUGAUGAAAUUGAGUAUGAUGUCCCCUGUCACCUUCAAGGAAGGCUUAUGCACCUCUAUGCUGUUUGUGUAGACUGUUUAGAAGGGGUUCACAAAAUUAUCUGCAUAAAGUGCAAGUCUCGGUGGGAUGGAAGCUGGCAUCAACUGGGAACUAUGUACACUUACGAUAUUCUAGCAGCUUCUCCUUGUUGUCAGGCUCGACUGAACUGUAAACACUGUGGGAAACCUGUUAUAGAUGUACGUAUUGGGAUGCAGUAUUUCUCAGAAUACAGCAACGUUCAGCAGUGUCCACACUGUGGAAACUUGGACUAUCAUUUUGUGAAACCCUUUUCUUCGUUUAAAGUUCUGGAGGCUUAUUGACAAAAGCUUUGCCAUAGUAAUAGCUAUUUUAUGAGUAUUGUUCCUUUUAUUUUACAUAUCUUUUAUAAGAUCUGUUCUGUGAGGGGAAGGGGGACCUAUUUUUUUUCCUAACUGAAAGAAAGUGCAGCAGCUUUGUGUGAUUGUGUAUGUGUGUUCCUGUGUAGAUAAUGUGUCUUUAAGACCACAUGAUUUCAGUGAAGGUUGGUAAUGGGGCAGCAGACUGUCUUUCCCACUCCACAUUCGCUCAAGCAGAGAAAGAAAAUUCAGUUCAGACUCUUGUUUUAACCAGGGCAUAAUCAUGUCAAGACACAGAGAAGUUAUGGAAAACCAGUAUCUGGUUCUUCGUUUGUUUGGUUGAUUUUGAGAGGAGGGGAAAUCUUUGCUUGAAGUGGUGGAAAGGGAAAUCGUGUGACGGCCUAUCCAGAUGGAUGGCAUAUAUCUUUAGGACAUGAUAAAUUGGCUCUAGAUGCAGGAGCACUAAGUGGUUUUUUCUGCCCUUGCUCCAUUUGCUCAAGUAUAGUUCAAGGCCUAGUAUAACAUGGGAGGAAGAGCGGGAGGAAUACUGCAGGAUCUGAAGUAGCAUAAUCUUCCGUUGAUGAAUCCACAAACCUCACAUUUAUGCUCAGAUCCUCUCUGUGCAUUUGCUAUGUCUGAAUGAGGUAGGUGAUCAUACUAGAUGGCUGUGAAACCAACAGUUCUCUGAGAUUGUUCCUGUGUGUGCCUCUUUCAGAAGAUAAAACUCCUCAUGUUUUUGUUCCCUGAUGGAUUUGUCAUUGUCAUUCCUGGGAGCAAGAUCAGAUCUUGAUAGUAUAAGUUGUGCUUGUUUUCCUCUGAAGAGGAAAUCUAAAUGUUGACAGAUGAAUGUAAUGCGAUGUCAGAAAAUGCACUGUUAAAAAAAAAAAAACCUUAUUUUUGCAUAGUGUCUUCCUGGAGUAUAUAUUUGAUAAUCAUAGUUGCUCUCACUGACAGAUCAUACUGUUUCCACUAACAUUAUAAUUCUAGCAGUCAGGGAAGUUGCUUCUACCAAAACAAGCUUGAGAUCUUAAUAAGUUGUGUUAUUUCAGCUUAUUUGCAGGCAUUUAGGCUUUCUUGUGGUGUGGAGAAAGAUGAUUAUGCUCACUGAAAAUCUGUGAUGAUGAAUAGGGUAUCAGCAUCAGAACUAUUCUUGUGCCGUUAUUUUCAUUUUGGUUUGAUUCUUCUCUCUCCUUGCACUGUGGUGGUAAAGGAGGUAUAAAGUAAAGGGAUUCCAUAGUUUCAUGUGAUUUACCAGGCUGCCAUUGUGUGAAUAAGUUGGGAGAUUGCACCUUUACUGUAGAUGGAGAGAGCUACACUAAAACAAAGUGCUACAUUUUAAAGAACAUAACCUUUAACUAUAGCCGUUAUCAUAGACACAACCCAGAAUGUACUAGCAAUUCACAUUUUGGUCACAUAUCCUGUGAAAAAAAUUUCUGGGGCAGGCAUACCUUGCAAUGGUAUGCAUGUAUGUAGGGUCAUGUAUAAACAGGCAUGGUGGAAUCAGCUAGCCUGCCUUUUCAUGGCAGAAGGAAGGUUCCAAAGUACUGGUUAGCUUUAUGGAAGGGACUGGCACUAACUCUUUCAACAGUGUCCCACUGUUGCAGUAGCACUUUGUGAGUGCUGCUGUUAGAAAAAGGCAAGCCUGAAGCCCCCUUGGGGUCUUGAAAAUUGUUCCAUGUUUUUGGAAUCUGCCCUUGAACCUAGGUGUAUGAAGGUAGAUUAUAACUUAUUUUAAAACAUCUUUUUAAAAAUGGCACUUUGAUGUAACAUGUAAAACAUUGAUUUUUGCAAUCAGUGAGAUUUAUUAACAAAAAUGCACAAGGAUUUGUAUUUUGAUCAGUGUCAUUGUUCGCUUAUCAGUGUUUUUGUGCAAGGCUUUUUUCUUAAAGGAAGAAAAUGUUAAAUCUUUGGAAACUUGGUAGUCUUGAGUAUUGUUUUUAUGUACAGAUCUCUCGACAUUAGUAAUGAGUAAUUUACUUGAAAAUGGAGUACAGCUUUAUGAGACUAUAUUCAUAAAAUUAUUUCCUAAGAAGAGUGGAUAGCGUUAUUUUCUCUAAGUUAGCUGUAAGGGCCAAAUAGGACAUUAUAUUGGAGAUGUAUUAUUGGGUCUCCCCGUGUAAUGUUCUUUCCUAGCAACAGCUGCAUGUAUGUGUGGCAAUUUGUAAUGGAGAACAGCAAGUUAGUGGUGGGAUCUAGCCUUCCCCAGUGGUUUCUGGAGGUGAUACUAGCUUCAAUAGGAAAUGCAUACAGGUACAGCAAGGGUGUCUGUAGGUGUUAUGCUCCUUAGCUAAUAGCAGGUGUGGAACAUGGUUAAUUUGGAUGGGGAGAGAAUGUUAUACACCACUGCAUGCAAUGCAGCCCUAGUCAAAAUCUCUCACCCCAAGCUGCUUCUGGAAGAAAAUUAUUUGGGGUGAUCUAAUCACAGUCCUCCAAUGUACGUUCUAGAUUAACCUUAAGCCAUUGACUGCCACCCAGUAAACUGUAAUAUGCAUGUAAUCAAUGUGGCCCCUAUAUUGGCUUAUAGACUGGCUGAGUUUGCACAGCUGACAGCCCACCCUGGAAAGAAGCUGUGAUUUCAUAUGCAGCUACCAAGACAACAGCAAAGUGAAAAAUCAACAUAUUUGUAGCCUCGCUUUGUCCGUCUCCAUGGAUGUUGCUUCUUGCACUUUGACAGGAGACAUUUACCAGGACAGUGACCAGGCAAGUUUUUACAUUUUGGCUAGUCAAACUUCUGAAAUACUGAUCCAAAAAACAUUUUUUUUUAAAUUUGUGAAAAUGUUUGCACAGUUUUCUGGUGCCUAAAAGAUAAAUUAUUUUUAAAAAGGAGACGAAGCAGUGAUGGCCACUCCAGUGUGCUGCUUGAGCUCUUUGAGGGGGCCAUCGCUGGCUCUCACUGGGAGACAUUGUGAAAAGUCCCCAAAAGUAGGUGCAUGUGUGUGAAAGUGGUGGCUGUGACUGUGGCAAGUGGUUACCAUCGGAGUGAAGACAGGAAGCCAUGGAUGUUGUCCCAGAGUGAUGUUUGGGCAUCAACAGAGAGGCUCUUAUUUGUUGGAGAUACAGGUGAGCUCAGCAAGAGCAGCACUCUCUUGCUGAGUGGCUCAUUCACAACCUCUCUGGACCCACAAUAGAUUGGUUUUCCAGGCUUGGACAAUAUGACAAUCCAUUGUGCCCAGCAACUUCUAGAACAAACCAUGAGGAUCUUGUUGCUCCAGAGCCAGUCACUGUACAAGAAGCACUCCAGAUUCGUGUAACAUGACAUCCCAUUGUGUUAGCUACUCAUGAGGGGUUGCCAUGUCAUGUGAACUCAUUGUAUAGUUUAGCAAAAUACAGUUUCCUGAUAGGGGAACCCUCCAAUGUACUUACGACAAGAAAGAAUUGAAAAGAAGUUACACGUCCUCCAAAGAAUGCAAAAAAAUAAUAAAGCACAUGGUAUAAUGUCUGAUAAAAUAGGUCUUCUGCUUAAUUUAAAAUGUCCCAUCCCUGAAAGAGCCUUAACUGCUUGCACAGCAUACAAAGUACUAUGUAUUAUAUUUAAAAUAAUGCUACUUAGAAUUCUAACUUUCAAGGAUACUCACUUUAAAAAUGUUCUUAAUUACUCAAGACAAGUCAAGUAUAAUUAAAUAUUUACUUGCUUUCAGCUGAUUUGGAUAUUUAUGUGCAAGCAUUUUGAGAUGCUAUUUAUCUUGCAGUUGGCAUACUGCAUAUAAUUUUGCCAUUUUGCAUGGAUUUCAGAUCAUGUUGCCCUGACCUUUUUGCAUAAGAAGAAUGCUGAUAGCUCUAUAACGAUAUAUUUACUGCUUGAGGCCUGAAGUUCAUUCUGAGCUUGCAUCUUUGCUUGAGAUCUGAUUAAUCACUAUGUGUAUUAAUCAUAAAAAAGCUGAUACUGCAUCUGUGGGCAUACUUUAUGCACCUGCUGAAAUGCAUAGAUGGCAGGCAUUUCUGUUCUGCAGGUUGUACAUUCAAGGCUCUUCUCAGAAGAUCACUUUGAGGAUGGGACGGAGGGUUCGCCAGGCCACCUCUCAGCAUGGACUACCAGGGAGCACUAUUCUUGUAGCCAUCAGGCUCUCCAUACACUUUUCAUAGCUUUGGGUUGACAGGAGGCUGGACUGGGCUAUUAGGGUGUCAGUUCCUACCAGAGGGUAAUUGGGGCUUAAAUCAGAAGGGCAGGACUACAUUUGACCAUGAAAAGAGAUUCAGUCCAAAGAAGUGUUAAUGUUUGUGGUCUGGGAAGUGGUAUAGUAUAAGUUAAAUUUGCCUUUAAUAAAUAGGUAAAGUUAAGGAACUAGUCUGGAAUCCCAAGCCUGAACUCUUCUAAUGCCUUGUUUUCCUUUAUGACAAGGAUAAUUUCUUUUACAGCACUCUGUUGCACAUGUCUAGCAUCCCUCAGUAUUGAAAAAAAUGGAGCAACAACUCUCAUGUGGAGCUCAUUCUGUUUGUUGGAUCUGGCUAUAUGCACGUUGGGGCAUAUGGGAUGUAAUGGUUAUGUUUCCAUGUCAGCCAAGCUCUCUCUGCAGAAGUGUUUUUGUUUGGGUAGCCAAGUAGAAAGAGAAUUUACAGAAAUGUUGGUUGUUCUUAAAGGACAUAUGUAGGGUAAGGGACUAAACCAAGAAUUGUGCUGAGAGAUGGAAAGCAAGAGAGAGAGAUCAGUAAAAGGUAUAAUUGGGCCUUGUGUGCUACAAUGUCUUGCACAUGAGAGCAUUUCAUUAUUUUCUAGUAAAGAAAAAUCAUAAACAGUUUCUUUGCUUUAGCUGAUUUUUAAUACCACAUACAACUGUCUAAUGUAUGUUAGCAUCAAAGUGAACCUUGUUUGUCUAGAACCCAAGUUAUUUUUGAAAUAUUAAAAAUGCCUCCCAAAGGCAAUUUUCCUUGGUUGACAAAGAUCUGAAUUGUACUAGCUUUUUUUGUUGAAUUGCUUGACAUAAUGCAUUUCGGUUGGAUUGGCCAACUGGUGGGCCGCAAAUUGCUUCUGGACCUUUCCCCCUUGCCAGGCCGAGUCUGCAGGGCAUAGCGUUUCUCCUCACCUCUCCUUCAUGCAAUUCCUGCUCCUAUUUCCUGACAGGAAGAGUGCCUGCCAGGUAAGCAGUGGCUACCUUUGACCUAUGCAGUGUUACUUCCUGAACAGCUUCACACGUGGUAUGUUGUACUAGCCAGGCAAAAAUCAGUGUGCAAGAGAGAUAUAUAUUGUACUGUACCUAGAAAAUAUUUCUUCCAUUCUGAAAUCUCUGCAAUUUUGCCCAUGCUAUUGAACUUCGGGUUGUUCCACAUUUGGGAAUUUUACUUUUCUACCAGAAUUAACUUUAGUAUACAGUAGAAAAUAAGCUGUUAAAUUCUUUCAUCUCACCAGGAAAGGUUUUUUUCCCCUGGACAUGAGGAUGCUUUUAUUUACUGAGGUACCUGUAUUAAAAAGAUAUACCAACAGUUAUGACAGAAAACUGUAUUUAGGAUGCACACACAUAUCCCUCUAACAAAAUGAAAAUACUGUUUGUUAGCUACAAAUAGAAGCUGACUGCUAUUGCUGUAAAAUAUAUUCAGAUGGUAAUACACCUAAAUUCAGCCCUUUCUAAGGAAAAAGGAAAGCAAAAUGCACAGAUGGGCCUAAGCAGUGUAAUACCAGCAUAAUUUUAAAUAUCAGAGCCAUACUUCAAUCUGUGGCCACAAACAAACAUGGGCAUAUUUAGGGUGCAUAUUUAGACAAAAAUGGCCUACACAUUUCAGUACUUCCCAGUGUAGGACGUUCUCUUCCUGUCUAAACAUGCAGAGGAUCGCCUCCCUAAAACUUAAGUGCACCUAAGACUGUGUUGGAUCGUGGCCUUUGCUGAAAAUGUAACAUAUAAGUGAUUUUUUGUGAGCAAGGUUUGAGGCAACAUGUGAUUCUGUCAGUGUGUUCUUUUGAUAGGAAGACAUGUAGCAAGUUUAUCUUCAUUUCUCUCUGAUUUUUAUGUACGAGGUAUUCAAGGGCAAAGUGUUGUGAGGCCACAAUACCAGCCAUAUUACAUUUGUCAGAAAAAAGCCUUUUUUCCAAAAAAGAAACAAAGCCCAGUUUUGGAUUGCACUUUUGCAGGGGAAAGAAUAUGUACAUAACAAAUGAAUGUUGAUGAAAUUUAAUUGGUUAUGCCAUUUUUGUGUGGUGUUCCGUUUUUUGGUUGUGAUUUCUCUGUAUUAAAAUAAUAAAUCUCA